AUGUCGGAGCUCAGGUUUGACGGCCAGGUCGUUGUCGUCACCGGCGCGGGCGGCGGUCUCGGCAAGGCGUACGCCAAGUUCUUUGCGUCGCGCGGCGCCAGCGUGGUUGUGAACGACCUCGGCGGCUCCUUCAAGGGCGAGGGCAAGGACACGCGCGCGGCCGAUGUCGUGGUCAACGAGAUCAAGGCGGCCGGCGGUAAGGCCGUGGCCAACUAUGACAGCGUCGAGAACGGCGACCGCAUCAUCGAGACGGCCAUCAAGGCUUUCGGCCGCAUCGACGUGCUCAUCAACAACGCCGGCAUCCUGCGCGACAUCAGCUUCAAGAACAUGAAGGACGAGGACUGGGACCUCAUCUUCAAGGUCCACGUUAAGGGCUCCUACAAGUGUGCCCGCGCCGCUUGGCCGUACUUCCGCAAGCAGAAGUACGGCCGCAUCAUCAAUACCUCGUCGGCCGCUGGUCUGUUUGGCAACUUCGGCCAGACCAACUACUCGGCUGCCAAGCUCGCCAUGGUCGGCUUCACCGAGACCCUCGCCAAGGAGGGUGCCAAGUACAACAUCCUGUGCAAUGUCAUUGCCCCCGUUGCUGCCAGCCGCAUGACUGAGACCAUCAUGCCCCCGGAUGUUCUGGCUCUCAUGAAGCCCGAGUGGGUUGUGCCCCUCGUCGCUGUCCUGGCUCACCCCAGCAACACCAGCGAGUCCGGCUCCAUCUUCGAGGUCGGCGGUGGUCACAUCGCCAAGCUGCGCUGGGAGCGCUCGCAGGGUCUGCUGCUCAAGUGCGACGAGACCUUCACCCCCGGUGCCGUCUUGAAGAAGUGGGACCGCAUCGUCGACUUCUCCAAUCCCCAGUACCCAACCGGCCCCAACGACUUCCUGGGCCUGCUCGAAGAGUCGCAGAAGCUCGGUCCCAACGAGCAAGGAGAGAAGAUCGACUUUACCGGUCGCGUCGUGAUCGUCACUGGCGGUGGUGCCGGCAUUGGCCGCGCCUACUGCCUGGCUUUUGCCCGCCACGGCGCGUCGGUUGUCGUCAACGAUCUGGUCAAUCCCGAUGACGUCGUCAACGAGAUCCGCAAGAUGGGCGGCAAGGCUGCGCCGGCCAAGUUCUCGGCUGAGGACGGUGAUGCUGUCGUCAAGGCUGCCAUUGACGCCUUCGGCCGCGUCGAUAUCAUCAUCAACAACGCCGGUAUCCUGCGCGACAAGGCCUUCACCAACAUGGACGACAAGAUGUGGGACGACGUUAUGGCCGUCCACGCCCGCGGCACCUACAAGGUCACCAAGGCCGCCUGGCCCUACUUCCUCAAGCAGAAGUACGGUCGUAUUGUGAACACCACCUCGACCUCGGGUAUCUACGGCAACUUUGGCCAGGCCAACUAUGCUGCGGCGAAAUGUGCCAUCCUCGGCUUCAGCCGCGCCCUGGCCCUCGAGGGCGCCAAGUACAACAUCUAUGUCAACACUAUCGCCCCCAACGCCGGCACUGCCAUGACCCGCACCAUCCUCCCCGAGGAGCUCGUCCAGGCUUUCAAGCCCGACUACAUUGCUCCCCUGGUGCUCGCCCUCUGCAGUGACAAGGUCCCGGUCAAGCCGACCGGCGGCCUGUACGAGGUCGGUAGCGGCUGGAUGGGCGCCACCCGCUGGCAGCGCACCGGCGGCCACCAGUUCCCAAUCGACGUGCCCCUGACCCCUGAGGAGGUCCUCAAGAACUGGAAGGAUAUCGUCACGUUUGACGAGCGCGCCGACCACCCCGAGAAGACCCAAGACAGCAUUGGCAAGAUCAUGGCCAACUUUGAGAACCGCAAGGCCGGCAAGAAGAGUGAGUCGAACCAGUACCUGGAGGCCAUCGAGAAGGCUCUCAAGGUCGAGGGCAAUCCUACCGAAUACAAGUUCACCGAGCGCGAUGUCGUGCUGUACAACCUUGGUAUUGGCGCCAAGCGCACCGAUCUGCGCUAUGUCUAUGAGGGCAACGAGGACUUCCAGCCCGUGCCCACCUUCGGCGUCAUCCCGCCCUUCAACGUCGAGAUGCCCUACAACCUCGAGGAGCUCGUGCCCAACUACUCCCCGAUGAUGCUGCUCCACGGCGAGCAGUUCCUCGAGAUCAAGAAGUACCCCAUCCCCACUUCGGGCACCCUUGUCUCGCGCGCUCGCCUGCUCGAGGUUGUUGACAAGGGCUCCGCCGCCAUCGUCCGCUCCGGUGUCACCACCGUCGACGCUGCCACCGGCGAAGAGCUCUUCUACAACGAGAUGGUCGUCUUCCUCCGCGGCUCUGGCGGUUUUGGAGGAAAGAAGAAGCCUGCUGACCGCGGCGCCGCCACCGCUGCUAAUAAGCCCCCUGCUCGUGCGCCCGAUGCAGUGGUUGAGGAGAAGACGACCGAGGAGCAGGCUGCGCUGUAUCGGUUGAGUGGCGACUACAACCCUUUGCACAUCGACCCAGCGUUUGCGGCGGCCGGUGGGUUCAAGGUGCCCAUCCUGCACGGGCUGUGCUUCUUUGGGAUUGCAGGGAAGGCCGUGUAUGAGAAGUACGGGAAGAUUAAGAAUAUUAAGGUUAGGUUUGCAGGGACUGUUCUGCCGGGGCAGACGUUGGUGACGGAAAUGUGGAAGGAGGGCGACAAGAAGGUCGUGUUCCAGACUAAGGUGAAGGAGACGGGGAAGGUUUGUAUCGGGGGCGCUGCGGCGGAGUUGUAUUAA